UGUUCCAGAAACACGGUUAUUGUUCAGAGGUGUAACUGUAACACCUCUACGAUGAAGUUCCGCAAGAAUGUAGCGCUGCUGUCGCUGUUGGUUCUCUUUAGUUUGAUGGCUGCUAGAGCUGAUGAAGAGGAGAGCACUACGACCACGGAGGGAUCUACUUCUACAGAGGAAUCUACCGACGACUCGAUAAAUCGAGAUAAGCGUUUCUUGUUCUUUAUGAAGAAGAAAGGCGGCGGAGGAGGUGGUGGAGGAAAAGGAUUAGGAGACGUCGACAAUCCAAUUCCGAUGGUGGGAAUCGUUCAGCGACCUGUGCCUGUUCCUGUUCCUAUACCGAUGGACUAUCCUCCUCAACCUUAUGCUCCUCCGCCAAGCUAUUCUCCUCCAGCAUAUGCUCCUCCUCCUAGCUACCCACCUCCAUCUUAUCCUCCCCCGAGUUAUUCCCCACCUCCGUACGCUCCCCCGCCAAGCUAUUCACCCCCACCUUAUGCACCUCCUUCUCCUCCGCAAUAUGCCCCUCCUUCCCCACCACAAUAUGCCCCUCCCUCGCCUCCGCAAUACGCCCCUCAAUCUCCUCCGCAAUAUACCCCUCCCUCGCCUCCGCAAUAUGCCCCUCCUUCUCCUCCAGCUCCUCCUGCUUAUUCGCCACCAGCUCCACCUUCUUAUCCAUAA